CCUUUUUUUGGAUUUGUGUUUUGGCACUUUUCGCCAGCGCUCAGAAAGCCGAUCAACAAUGACUUUGUGCAACCUUGCAACCAGCGCCGCUGCUCGCCUCGCCACGCGUGCUGCCUUCCUCACAGUGCGUCCGACACCUGCGCGCACUAUGGCCACGGCAGUCAUCACCGCGCGGUCGAGCGUGUUGGCCGCGUCGGCGUCGUCGUCGUCUACGGUGUCAUCGAGCACAUGGACUGUUUCGUCUCGUGCUGCGAUCGCGCUCCCAGCCAGUGCCCAGGCGGCUGGCAUGCUGUCAAACAGGGCAUCCGCAACCCACGUCCGAUGCUACGCGCGUGGUCGGGACAAGCCUGAGAAGGGCAAAGGCAACAAGAACAAGGACGACGACGAAGAAGAUGCCGAAAUGGACGAGGACUCCCCGAAAGGCGAUGCCAAGCCGGCAAUGCCGCAGCUGGACGAGGUCCGGACGCGUCUCUCCACCACGGCCAAGUUUCUGACUACUGCGCUGGCCAAGCUGCGAACUGGGCGCGCCACUCCAGCCAUGCUGGACAGCGUGAAGGUGCGCGGCCGACCACUGAACGAGCACGGCAUGGUUUCCGUGAAGGAUGCAAGCACGCUGGUGAUUAGCGUGAACGAUGAGACGGUUCUCGACGAUAUCGAGCGCGCCAUCCGUGAGGCAGACCUGAACAUCAACCCAGUUCGCGAUGGCAAGUUUGUCAAGUGUGUCAUUCCAAAAAUGACGCAAGAGUUCCGAGAAAAGCUCACCAAGAUGGCUCGCGAGCAGGGUGAAGAGUACAAGAUUCGUCUGCGCCGUGUCCGCGCCAAAGCCAUCACGGACGCCAAGAAGUCUGGCGUUUCCACGAGCGAGGUUUUCCGCUUUGAAAAAGACGUUGGCAAGGCGUUCGACGACCAGAGCAAGCAGAUCGACACGACUGUUUCAGCCAAGAUCAAGGAGAUUGCUUCCUCUUGAACCAACCAGCCAGCCAGCCAACCGCACCUCUCCCCUGUUCCAUUGUGGCUGUGAUAUCAACUGUGUGUCGCAUCGUCGAUAAACAACAACAAAUAACAACAAACGCACAUGUGAUUGCUGUCAA